AAGAAGUUAACAAUGGGUAGUUUACUCGAAUGGCCUCUACUUUCCGAUAAGUACGAAAUCCAAGACACGGUCCACGGUACAAUUACGAUAUUUCAUCCAUUGGAUUUAGUGAUUGACACCCGAGAAUUCCAACGGCUCAGAGAUAUCAAGCAGUUGGGAGUCGCAUACUUGGUUUAUCCUUGUAGCACUCAUAGUCGAUUUGAACAUAGUUUAGGUUUAUUCCACCUAGCAACCCAGUUCUUUACCGCAUCUGAAGAUGAACAUCUGAUUAGCCUGAUCUCUCUCAUAUGGGUUAAAGUACAUUGUAGUGAGUACUUUUGGAGUAUAUACAAUGGAUGUUUUUACUUUCAGUACAAAUCUUUAUCGAUUCGAUUACUUCAACGUAUCGUGAAGAAAGAAGAGGUUCGUAAGGCUUUGGAAAGAUAUUUCGGGACAGGUGCCGACUUCGAUGAGAGCAAUGAGAACAUGACCUUCAUUGAAAAGCUCAUAUCGUCUGAAAGAUUCGAUGCAAACGGGAAAUGGCUACCUGGUGAUCGUCCUGUGGAAAAAGCGUUCCUAUAUGAUAUCGUUGCGAAUGAAAAUGAUUCCUGUGAUGUAGGCAAGUUCGACUAUCUCAUCAGAGAUUCACUCAGCGCCGGCAUUCCAAUUCCAUUUAAUCAGCGUAGCAUCAAGCAACUGAUGGAAAACGCCAGAGUCCUCUCUGACCCAGAACGUGGAUUUCCACGGAUAUGUUACCCCGAAAAGAUAGCUGAUGUUGUCCUGUCUAUUGGAGACUCUCGCCAGAAGCUACAUAAUCUUCUAUACCGGCACAGAGUUGUGCGCGCAAUCGAAGAGAUGGUUGUGAGGGCUUUGAGGCUGGCAGACAGACACUUGAGAUACAUGGGCGAUGAUGGCCGCUUCUAUUCGCUGUCAGAAAUGCCUCAAAACUUAGGAGCAUUUAUCAAAACUAGCGAUUCCAUUUUAAAAGAAAUCGCUAACUCCACGCUACCGGAAAUGGCUGAAGCUCAGAAUAUCUUGAGAGAUAUUGAGGAAAGAAAUCUACCAGUGAAGCUGGAUGAAGUGCAAUGUGGUUCUUCCUGGGUUGAUAAGCCUCACGCCUCGUUCAUGGGAAAAACCCCCAAAUUACGCGAUGUCGAGGCAAGGUUGUUCUUUAAUGCUUUACUUUUUCCGAUUGAUAUGAGGUCCUGCUACAAUAGCCGUGGCGCCUAG